AUGGAGCCAGGAGCAGGAGAAGGCUCAUCGACUGACGAUUACGAAUCGUUGAUUUCGACUACCGACGCUGAGCUGCUUAAGCGCGCAUGGCGGAACGAAAAGGCAGCGCCGGAGAUUCUCAAAUUCGAGGCUGCUUUAGUUCAGAGAUCUAGACAACAGAUCCAAUUGAUGGAAGAAACAGUGGAAGAGUUCACAAGAAACGGUGUUGAUCCACUCACGGUGUCCCUUUACCAGAUGGACUUGGACCGGACCCUGUUCCUAUUGAGAUCUUAUCUCCGGACUCGUCUUCAAAAGAUUGAGAAGUACGUUCUUCACAUCCAAAAAACUGCUGAAUUAUGGAAUCGCCUUUCUAAACAAGAACAAAAAUUUGCUAUAAGGUGUGUUGGGGACCUAACACAACAUCUGGAACAAUCCGUGCUCACAAAAUUGCCUGAUCAGUACCAGUCCCAUUUAAAGCAAUCUGGAGCUAGUGAAAAUGAUGACAUGGUUCCAGAGCCAAAGCUGGACACCUACAUUAUCUGCAGAAGCAAGAAAUUUUUAGGAGCCUUUCAGCUGGAUGACAGUGGGGAAGAGCCUGUCAACAUUGAAGCUGAUGAUUUGUAUGCUUUACCUUACAAGUCGAUAAAGCCACUAGUGGAGAGCGGGCAAAUCGAUCUGGUUUAA